GGUGGAUUUUGAGUAUCUUCACCCUAGUAAAGGAGAUUUCUUUCACAAGCAGUGGUCUCACGUCGCAUCUGCUAUUGUUGAUUUGGUUUUGGCCAGUGGAAAUAAAUAUGAUGAUAUAGUUGCGCUUUCUGGGGCAGAUAUUUUUACAAAUGAUCCAGAAGUACGGAAGGUGGCCGCAAUCCUGAUUUUACCCUUCCUAUUCCCAUGCCCUGGGGACAUUAAUUUUGGACGAAAAGGAGCGGAAGCAUGGAAACCUAGCAAGGUUGAGUCUGCUCAAGGUUUUCUCCUUAAAGUGCCAUCGCAGGCUAUGGUUGAAAUAACCCUACAAAGGAAGAGAGAAUUCUCAUACAAGAAAAAGCAGCCCUCACAGCCUCGAAGUGUCAUUGUUGGGGAAGGCACCAAACCUUCUCAAGUAUUUGUAACAGUAAAUGAUCUUAAGUACCAUUUUAAGACACCACCCGAAGCAAUCGAUUGGUGUUUUAAAUUAUUCUUUUCGCUCGAUUGCGCCUAUCCUGCCGAGUGUCAACAGGUUUAUUUCUUUCUUCAACGGUACGUGUACAAAGUAGAGACGCCUUUUGACAAAAAUUUCAUUGCGGUACAUGACCUUGCUAAAAUGCUGAAACUGCAAUAGGAUGUCUCCUCGAGUGAAGUUUCAGGCCAAGGUACCAUUUCAGAACAACACCCGAAGUAAUUGACGGGUGCUUCAAACUGUUUUUUUCUCUUUGUUGUGAUUGACUUGGUGCUUCAAACUGUGUUUUUCUCUUAGUUGUUCUUAUUCUGCUGAAUGUUAGAAAGUUUAUAUAUUUUUUUCUCUUGGUUGUUCUUAUCAAAUUUUUUCAAAAUUUUUACCUAGGCCAAAAUUCUGAAAAUGCCUCACUGUGUCAAAUGUCAGGCUAACUUGCCAAAUCCGGCCGAGCUUAUACGACACUAUAAGUUUGUCCAUUUCAUCAGUGUUACUGGUGAGUCAAUUCAAUGUUCCGAGUGCCAACGGCACUAUUGGUGCCUCAAAAGUUUGCAAAAUCAUUUUUCUCGUUGCCAUGCUCAAGAAGAGGCAAAUUUUUUUGAUCCUUUCUUUGAAGAGCCAGAUAAUGAUAAUGAAAUUCAUGAACCUCAGAGUGAAAAUGAAGAGAAUGAUAUUAAUGUAGAACCCAAUAACCCUGUUGUGAUAGGAAAUCCUAAAGAUGUGCUUCACAAGGAAGCAGUUGACUUUAUCGCUUAUUUGUACUCUACAGUAAACAUACCACGUAACUAUGUAGAAAAAGUGAGAGGGGGAGUAUCAGGAAUAAUUAGCACCGUUCAAACAAUUUUCAAAGAAAAAUUAGAAAACUCCCUACCAGAAGACGUCAUGAGAAGGGAUGUUGAUCCCUUACUCAACUUGCUUUCAAACAUCUUUGAACCGUUGAAAACAGAGUACAGAACACUUAAAUUGUUUGAAAAUGAAGGUACUUAUAUUGCCCCGAAGGAAAUUGAAAUUGGCGAACGGAAAGAUAGAAGAAAAGAAAAUUUUAAAAUCAGAAUUGUAUCGGUCCCAGUGACCGCUCAGUAUGUUCCACUUCCAUUAAUCUUACAAAAAUUUUUCGAGCAGCCAGAUGUUCUUAAAAAAACUUUAGCCUAUGAAACAAAGUUACUCUCAGAAACAUCCUAUGUUUCUAAUUUUAUUCAAAGUGAGUAUUGGAAGAAAAUUCUGAACAAAAAUCCAGGUAAGAAAAUAUUCCCGGUGUUCUUAUAUAUUGACGAUUUCGAAACUGGCAACCCGUUAGGCUCGCGUGCAGGAGUUCAUAAGCUAAGUGGAGUUUACAUGACUCUUCCUAUCAUUCCGCCCGAAUUUCGCUCAACUUUAAGAUGUAUUUUCCUUGUCAUGCUGUUUCAUAGUGAAGACAGAAAACUUUUUUCCUAUCAUGAUUUUUUUAAGGAGCUAAUACCAGACUUGAAUAGAUUAUCAGAAAACGGUCUAUCAUUUAAUAUUGAAUGCUUCUCAGGCAAAUUACAUUUUCAACUUGCACUACUUCAAGGGGAUAAUCUUGCCCACCAUGAAGUCGGGGGCUUCGCAGAAUCUUUUAAUUGUAAUUACCCCUGCAUCUAUUGUAAAGUUCAUAAAGACAUCCUACACUUCCAAGUUGAGGAAGAUGAAAAUUUACGUCGUACAAUAGAAAUGUAUCAAAAUGACCUUCAACUCAAUAAUGUUUCUGAAACUGGUAUUAUUAGUGAGUGUGUUUUGAACAAAGUUGAGGGUUGGCAUGUUGUUAAUUCUUUAGCUCCCGAUUUACAACACGAUAUACUGGAAGGGACUGCAAAAUAUGUCAUGGGUCUAGUUUUGCAUCACUGUAUUUUUACAAAGAAAUAUUUUACUGUAGAAGAGUUUAAUUUAAUGAUUCUAAAUUUCGAUUUUGGUGUUAAUAGCCAUGAAAAUAAGCCUCCUCCUCAAACCGAAAAACAUUUGCGAGAGAAAAAAAUCAAGAUGUCAUCUGCUGAAAUGUUGCAUUUUCUGAAAUAUUUAGGUGUAAUGUAUUCAAACUUUGUUCCACCAACUGAUGAAUUUUGGCUUUUGUAUUUGGCUUUAAGAAAAAUUCUUUCAUUAAUUUUAUCACCGCGCUUGCAAGCUGGGUGUGAUACAUUGUUAAAAGCUUAUGUUAAAGAACUGAAUGAACUUUAUCUAAAAAUUUCUGGAAGUCAUCUGCAAAAUAAAUUUCAUCACUUAGUGCAUUAUCCCACGCUCCUGCGUCAUUUUGGUAAUCUCAAGGAUUUAUGGAAUAUGAGAACUGAGGGGUAUCAUAAAAUUUCAAAAUUAGUUGCAUCAUCUGUUCCCACCAGGAAAAAUCUUUGUAAAACUAUAGCGAUACGUCAUCAACUUAACUUAAAUUGGCUGUUCAGGUCCAACCAAUUUUACCCUGAUAGGCUAAAGGUUGGCCCAAGUGAAGAUUUUGACAUAGAACUCUUACCCAACUAUGAGCAAAUGGGUUGCCCCAAUGACAAGAAACUUUUCAAGCAUUGUUACCAUGCUGAGGUAAAUGGAACAGCUUAUGAUAAAAACAUGGUUGUUUGCUACGACUUCAAUGAUACCCAUCCAGAAUUCGCUAUCAUCAAGAAAAUUUUGAUUUUUAAUGCAGAGUCUGUUCAUUUUAUUGGUAGAAAAUUGAAAGUUCUUUAUUAUGAUGUGCAUGCAGCUGCAUAUCUUGUUGAACCUGUCAGCAAAACCGAAAGUUGCCCUCAUAUUUUUAUAAAUCAGUGUGAUCUCCACCAGUAUGCUCCUUUUCCACUUCUUACAGGAAAUGAAGGAGGAUCAUACAUCGCUUCUUUUGGCCUAUUUGAGUAAAUAGAAAUAAAAUGUUUUGUUUCCCACAAGUUCAUUGAAAGUAGCUUUUUUAUAUGAGGUGCCAUGUCUUACAGUUUUGUUCGCACCAAAGUCCCUAGUAAUAUUUUAAGUAGCAUUGUGGCAGCGACCCU